CUCGGAUUAUUGCCUCGUUCUUGACCUUAUGCCAUCGAUGCUUGAAUACUUAUAUUGUGUAACGACGCCAAAAACAUGCAAAUGACCGUUGCCAAGUCGCAUAUCGCGUUCUAUUAAUAUUAAAGCUCACAUAAAUGCUAUUUAGUGAACUGUCAAAAUGUCCAAUAAGAAAUUGGCGAGGUGAAAAUCGCGCGUGUAAGAAGCUAGGGCUUCAAGUGCGCAUCGUGAGUGGCCAUAUCUGUUCGCAGAGUGGGGGUGUCACUACAUGGUGAAUAGGUGACGGCGGCGGCGUGAAGCGUCGACGUCGAGUGGAUGAUGCUGGCCUCUUAACUGGGGCCGUAGGAGAAGUACUGCGCGGCGCCAUGAGCGCUGCGGGGCGCGAGGCGGCCGCGGAGCCCGGCGCUGGCGCCGAGUCCGAGGGCGCGCAGAGCGCGUUGGAUGCCUCCACCAACACUCCCCCACAAUCUCUGCAGGUGACAGAGAGCGCUGCGCCCGCGCCGACUAGCACGGGCGGCUCCGGCGGAAAGUGGCAAUGCGAGACGUGCACCUAUGAGAACUUCCCGCUCUCUAGGAAGUGUACGAUGUGCCGCACAAGCAAGCCGCUCCUGGGUGAAGAUAUUCUCAGGCUGCAGGACGGCGCGCGGGCACUGCCUCACGACUCGGAGGCCGAUGCAGUAGCCGAGCGCCUGAAACCCCUCAGGAUUGCGUCUCCGGUCGGGCAGGCCGGCGCCUCCUGCCAGGCCAAGUGGCCUUGCCCGACAUGUACAUACGAAAAUUGGCCGCGAACGCUCAAGUGCGCCAUGUGCGGCGCGCAGCCCGCCGCGCCCGCGCCGCCCGAGCCCAAGCCGUCGCCUGUCGGAAUUAACGACAUCUGUAACAGCCAAAACGCAUCGUCAAAUGCUAAGCGUCGUAACAACCCGGACUGGUUGUGGCUACAAGCUUGCAUAGGUGUGGUGGAAGGCGACGUGGGGCGCGUGGAGGCGUACCUGGCGGCCGGCGGCGACCCGGCGCGGGCGCUCGACGCGCACGAGGCCGCGCUGCUCGACCGCGCCUCCGCCUUCGACGCCGGACACACGCUAGUGCACCUGGCCAUCAGGUUCCAGCGCGAGGACAUCCUGGCGACGCUGCUCGCGCGCAUCUCGGGCGGCGGCCCCGGGCUCAAGCGCUCCCCUUCAUACGUCGCUCCGGAUGUGGCGGCGGCGAUCCGGCGCCACGUGGCGGCCUCCAUCCGGUACAAGAAGGGCGCCUUCCCGUGCCGCUACCUCAACGAGUUCUGUACUUUCGCGUUACCAGCAGAGAUCGAAGAACUACCGGUAGCCAUCCAAGAGCAACUGUUUUCGGAGCUGCUCGACCGCGACGCGCAGCAGACCUUAGAAGCCGAACCUCCCCUUAUUAACUGGAGUCUCGAGUUAUGCGUGCGACUCGGCUCGCGCCUCCACGCGCUCUGGAACCGCUCGGCGGGCGACUGCCUGCUCGACGCGGUCUCCCAGUGCGCGUACGGCGUGUUCGACCGCCGCGGGGCGCUGCGAGCCGCGCUGGCCGAGUCGCUGCUGGCGGCCGGCGAGCGGUUCUACGACCGCUGGGCCGCCUGGGAGAGACUCGGGGCGGCGCGGUUGCAUUAUGCUCCGGAGGAGGGACAGCUGCGGGCGGAGUGGGCGCGGUUGGUGGCGGGCGCGGGUCGGGCGGGCACGGCGCUGCACCAGCUGCACGUGUUCGCGCUCGCGCACGUCACGAGGCGGCCCAUCCUCGUCUACGGCGUCAACGUCGUCAACUCCUUCCGCGGCGAGGCACUCGGCUACGCGCGCUUUCAGGGUAUAUAUCUUCCUUUGCUGUGGGAGCCUGCGCUGUGUUCCAAGUCCCCGCUGGCGGUGGGCUACACUAGAGGACACUUUUCGGCGCUCGUACCCAUCGAGCCCUAUUGUCGACGCCACUACAUUUGCAGGGAUGAGCAAGAGGAAACCGACGAGAGUUGUUACCUGCCGCUUACGGACUGCGAGGGGAAACUGCUUCCAGUGCACUUCCUUACAGUCGACGAGAUGGGCGACUCGGAAGGCAUAGUCCGCCGCUGGCUGUCGGCCUGCGUGACGGGCGGCGGGCAGCUGUGCGCGCGGCAGCACCUGCACCCGAGACCAUUAUUGGUGGCACAACUACUGGAGGAGUGGCUCAACCACUACCGGCGGCUCGCGUAUGUAUACUCUCUGCGUCACUGCAAGCCAAACAUUAAAAGGUUAAAGUUGGCUCGAUAG